UCUAGAAUCGUCGUCAAAUUCUGCAACGAAAAGACACCUCUUGCCGAUUGCGAUUUUUAAGAUUUCUGUGUGUGUUUCUGUGAGAGACGCUGAGAAUGGUGGUGCUUGAGCCGAUUCCUUCGACUGAUGACGAACCAAAAAGGUCAAAAUCAACCACCGUUGCCGCCGGCAGCGUAGAUUCAAGCAGUGGCGAUCAAGCAAACGCCGCCGGAGUAGAUAUGAAAAGUGACGACAGAGUAACCGGCGACGGAUACGCAUCCGAUGGUUUCGAAACCGCAAGCGAGACCGAAGUUGGCGAUGAUGAGACUGUAUCUGAUGAUAAUAACAAUUCAAAUGACUCCAUUGAACAUCAACAACACCAUCCGGAAGAGCUGUCUGUGGCGUCAAAGGAUCAGUGCUUUGAAGAUACGCUCGACGAAGACGAACUCAAGCAGAAACUUUUAGCAGAAAUGAAUGAGGCAAAAGUGAAGGCAACAAAAAUUAGGUCAAUUUGUCACAACAAUCGUGCAACAUGUUUCUUUAAACUUGGGAAGUAUGAGGAGUCCAUAAAAGAGUGCACAAAAGCAUUGGAACUAAACCCUAAUUACAUGAAAGCUCUUCUUAGAAAAGCAGAAGCCCAUGAGAAGCUUGAAAAUUAUGAAGAUGCUAUUGCUGGGAUGAAGAAAAUCUUGGAAUUAGAUCCUUCAAAUAAGCAAGCUAAGAGGACAAUUAUCCGUUUAGAACCAUUGGCUGUAGAAAAACGUGAAAAGAUGAAGGAAGAGAUGCUUGGGAAGUUGAAAGAUAUGGGGAACACAAUUUUAGGGAAAUUUGGGAUGAGUGUGGAUAAUUUUAAAGCGGUAAAAGAUCCAAAUACCGGCUCUUAUUCCAUCUCAUUUCAGCGUUGAAGACAGACUGACUGACAGAGACACAGACAGAUAGAUGUGUCAUUUGAAGGAACAUAAACAUAAUAGUUGUGCAUGUGGAUACAUACCCCUACUCCCUAUACACUAUCUUUUUUGGUAUUAAGAUGGAAGCGUAUGAUAUAAUAAACAAUGGUCAUAUAUUUUUUAAUUUUCAUUUGGUUCUUAUCAAUUUCGGACAUGUGUUUGG